CAUCACUACGCGACAGACACUCAUCUGUGUUAAAUUAAAUGUCUUGCACAAUAUACCCUCAUCUGGACUGAAAAUGUCGUGUCUGUAAAUUGUUCACGACAUGACUGAUGUACUUUGAAAAUCUGUUGGCAGAAACACAUUUUUAUGCACAGCUUUUAUUCCGUAAAUGCAUCGAAAACCCCCACAGCUGUGGAUCAAGUGAUACAGACCUCAAUGUAAAUUUGCAUCUAAUGUCGCAGUCUACCAAGCUGCUGAGUUGACCAUCUUGGCCGGUGCCUCCAGGUCAGCUGGUACUGUACAUUCAGUCUUCUGCAGCUCUCGGGUGGAUGAACGCCACGACUUGUGAUUUGAGCGGCGCCUCAAAGACUCCAUGUCUUUCUUGGACUGCUCCUGCAUCUCCCACACUCAGGUCCAGCCCAUGGACAUAGAGGAGUGCUACGAGGACACCGGUCAGCAUCGCUCGGGUCCCGGGAGCACCCCUGCACACCCGACGGUGAGAUGCGGCGACGGCAACAUCGCGCCAUUGUCAGCAGAGCCUGCCCAUUACCAGUUCCUCGUUGAGCUGGGGUGGGGUUUCAACAACCUGAGCCAGGUGCGCAUGGCCCGUCACACUCCAACUGGGCAACUGGUGGCGAUAAAACAAACCAACCUGGAUGAGUGCACGGAGGAGGAGCUGCUACAGCUCCUGAAUGAAGUUUUCCUGUCCAGGCGGGUCCGUCACCCAAACCUGCUGACGUUCCGACUGGUCUUCAGCUCUUGCUGCCAGCUGUGGGUCCUUACGCCGCUCAUGGCCUACGGCUCUGCACACUUUCUCAUGAGAACGUAUUUCCCUGAUGGAAUGAGCGAGUCCUUAAUAGCGUACCUCCUGUAUGGCGUCUUGCAAGCGUUGGACUAUCUGCACUGCAUGGGCUACGUUCACAGGGGUGUGAAGGCCAGUCACAUCCUCUUGUCAGAAGAAGGUCGCGUCUACCUGUCGGGACUGCACGGCGUUUACAGUAUGAUGCGUGAAGGGAAGAGGAUGAGGGCGGUGUUCGACAUGCCCCACCACAGUCCCGCCCUGCUGCCCUGGUUGAGCCCCGAACUACUGCAGCAGGAUCUCCACGGUUAUGGAGUCAAGUCUGAUAUCUACAGUUUGGGUAUUGCCGCCUGCGAGCUGGUGAGCGGCAGGGUGCCCUUCCAGGACAUGGCACCCACUCAGACUCUGCUCCUGAAGCUGCGCGGUUUGCACCGCUGCCUGACCGACACGGCUCUCUUCCCACUCGGCGAGCUGGGGGCACUGAAGGUGUCCCGGUCCGGGGUGGACUCCGGCAUGGGAGAGAGCGCGACUCACAGUACCGGCGCUCCUCCACCCGCCACAGAAGGACCUCGGAGUCCCGGACCCAAAAACCACUCUGCCACCUUGCACAAUUUGGUGCAACUGUGUCUGCAGCAGCAGCCCGAGCGCAGACCGACGGCCUCUGCCCUCAUGAGCCACGCCUUCUUCAAACAGGUGAAGAGGCACACCAGAGACUCCUUCCUCAGCCUUGUGUACCCAGCGGUGCCGCUCAGUAGCUCCGAGGUGGCGCUCUUAUCAUCGUACCCCCCGAGCCCGUCCUGCCACUCUCCAACGGCAGUCACGGCGGGUUGUGCCGAGCCGUCCUGGGAUUUCUCCUAAAAGUCAACCGAAUGGCCUCAUCUGCUGUGUUAAAGGAACAGAAAAGGGAAACAUAGGGGCAGUUGUAAAUUAACAAAGACAUCCUGUGUGUUACAUACCCCCCCCCAUACGUACUGUACCAAUUGUGACUCUUAAGAAAUAGUGCUUGCUUGUGAAGGGUGUGAGAUGCUGUUUGUGUUACUUACCAUUAGGAAUGAAGCCCACAGUGGAUCGAACAAGUCGACACACCUGUUCAAAUGCCAUUUUUUCCCUUUUUUCCUCCACUUGAGUUGUACGGGUUAUAAUAUAGGUCGCAUUCGUGGUGGAUAAAAAGUUUUGUAAUGCCUUAUCGCGGUCCUCUUUUUUUUUUUCUUUCUAAAUAUCACAGAAACCUGGUAUUCGAAAAGCGGCGUGUCAUCUUCCUAGCUAACAUAUACCCAAUGAACACUUUCAGAUAAAACUUCAAGAGGGAGUUGAACGAGUGAAUAGAAAUCAGCGCUACCAGCCAAUUGGACGGUUCACGUCACCGCCUAUCACUCUCCACGUUUUACCCUUUUGAAUCACUCGGCAAUUUACAAGCCACUUGUCGAAGUGGUGAAACGACGGGGGUGCCCUACCUCAUUUGACAUGGCCUUUGAACAAAAGGGGCAGCGCACAAAAACGAAGAAAAGGCCGCAUCCCGCUCAAUCUAAGUGACCUCCGCGUCGGGUGUACUUUUUACCACGAGUAAAUAGGCAACGUUUCCUCACCUGAUCAUGAGCCAAAGAAGAAACGUGCCCGUGGGCGAGCGAUGACGCGCGACAAUGCUUCACGCGGAGACCUCUGUGGAACUGUGAUCAUGUGCACUGUGAUGUAAAGUACGUAUCAAAGAUGAGAACGAGACAAUUCGACAUAUUAAACCAAUAUGCAAGU